AUGAAGAAGACCGGGGCUGGAGCUGGAGCUGGAGCUGGACUUGGAUGGUACGGGAACUGGGGGGUUGGCUUGGUCAAAAGUGAAGAUCCAAUCAUACCAUCACCAAAGGGCCGUCGGCUCAGGAUCUUCAACUUUUUUUGUUAUCGCCAAGGGGAGCACCAAUGCGAGAGACCCGAAGUGCGCUUCAGCCAUCUCAUUCAACUGUUCAAAGGGACUGCCCUAACAGUAUCAUACGCACGAGAGCUGAAUAUAUAUAUAUAUGUAUACUAUAUUCAUUUUGUGAGACGCGGUUCAACGGUUUCGACUAGUUUGGCCCACUGGCAUGGCCAAGUCGAGGAGAAAGACCCCAUUCCAUGA